AUGGAAGACACUGGAACUACAGUAGAUUCAAAAUCCACUAAAAUUUCAGGAAUAAAGCUUUUCCAUGGUAGCAAGUCAGUAGAAUCUGCACUAUCAUCAGACAGCUAUAAAAUGGAUUAUCCAGAAAUGGGGUUAUGUAUAAUAAUCAAUAAUAAGAAUUUUCACCCAAAUACUGGUAUGUCGUUUCGGUCUGGUACAGAUGUAGAUGCAGCAAGCCUCAGAGAUACAUUCAGGAGCUUAAAAUACGAAGUCAGGAAUAAAAAUGAUCUGACAUGUAAUGAAAUAGUUGAAUUACUGUACAGUGUUUCCAAAGAAGAUCACAGCCAAAGAAGCAGUUUUAUUUGUGUGAUUCUAAGUCAUGGUGAAGAAGGAGUCAUCUUUGGCACAGAUGGAUCUGUUGAACUGAAAAGAUUAACAUGCUUCUUUAGAGGAGAUAAGUGUAGAAGCUUAACAGGAAAACCCAAGCUUUUUAUUAUUCAGGCAUGUCGAGGGACAGAGUUGGAUUGUGGUGUUGAGACAGACGGUAGUGAAGAUGAAGAUGUAGCAUGCCAGAAAAUACCUGUUGAAGCAGACUUUUUAUAUGCAUAUUCUACAGCCCCUGGCUAUUAUUCCUGGAGAAAUUCAAAGGAUGGUUCGUGGUUUAUUCAGGCACUUUGUGCUGUGCUGAAACAGCAUGCUCACAAGCUUGAGAUUAUGCAAAUCCUUACUCGAGUCAAUCGGAAGGUGGCCACAGAGUUUGAAUCUUAUUCCUUAGACAUUUCCUUCCAUGCAAAGAAACAGGUGCCGUGUAUUAUGUCCAUGCUUACCAAGGAACUGUAUUUUUUCCAUUAGGAAAUUCCAUGCCUUUUAAUUUGUAUGCCAAGUUGGUGGAUGAUAGGUCUGAGGACUACAUUUCCUUGGUAAGGUAAAUUGA